CUUGACCAGAGGAACUUUUUUACCAUGAAUGUAUUACGCUAUAGAGAUUUGCUCAUCUUGGUCGUUCAGGUGACGUCACUGAUUGUUGUGUGUGCGGGGCGCGUUCCGGCUUGUAAUGAGACGAGACCGGAGAGGAUGAAAGAUCUGACACAAAUGUUACUACAAGGGAGCAACCAGUGGCUGGCAUACGAUGCCGAUAACAUUCAGUCAAAAGUUAUGAUUGAAAUUAUGCCAUCAAUUCUUACAAAUCAGUCAACCACCACGUGUCCCAGAAAUAGCAACUCCACGUGUCCCUUCUACAUGGUGAAGGAAACCGUACCAACAAGAAUUCCGUCUGUCCUCAUGCAUACGCGCUGCGCGUGUGAUCAGUGUCAGAUAUCAGGAUUACGGGGCAGGAACAAGCAACGCUACAUGUGUGAACCUACGCAUCGUUACCUUCCAGUAUUGAAGAGACAAAAUCAUUGUGUAAAUGGGGAGUAUGAUUACGUCAUAGUACAGCAGAAAGUGGCUGUAUCCUGUCACUGUAUACGAAAACCGAUCAUGACGAAGAGAGGAAAAAAGAACAGAAAGAGGAAAUCACAGAAGGGCAAAAUUUCUGCUAAUCAUAAGAUUCCAAAGAACUUUUCUAAUUGAUUAUUUCAAACUUCUUAGUCAACUUGUGUUUACAUUUGUUUUAAUUUAUUAAAGACUUGUUAUGG